AAGUCAUCCAAAAUAAUUCUAUGGUUUAACGCCUCCUUUCGAAUACCUUGCGCGCAUGUAGGAUGGGGGAGACCCCUUCUACCGCCAACUCGGAGUUUGCACGCCCCCCAACCCCCCUCGCUCUCUCUCUCUCUUUUUCCCCUGCUUCUCCGCUUCCUCGAGCUUUGGAAUCGUCCACCCCUGCUCUCUUAAAAAAUUAAAAUUAAAGAGGAGGAGUAUUUAUAAUGCCCGGUGUUCCUACCUUUCCACCAUUCUCGAUCUCUUCUCAUCAUUGUCGAGAGCCAUCCAAGUAGGGAAGCCUUCUACGCUCUAAGACGCAACGGAGACCAAUACGGUCUUCUCUGAGAUCUCUGAACAGAGAGAGAGAGCUUGGAUCUGGUCGCCGAGAGGAGGAAGGCAGGAGAAGAGGAGGAGACGGAGAGAUGUCGUACAGAGCGGAGGACGACUACGAUUAUCUGUUCAAGGUGGUGCUGAUCGGGGACUCAGGGGUGGGCAAGUCGAAUUUGCUCUCGCGGUUCACCAGAAAUGAGUUCAGCCUCGAGUCCAAAUCCACCAUCGGCGUCGAGUUCGCCACCCGCAGCAUCCACGUCGACGACAAGGUCGUCAAGGCCCAGAUUUGGGACACCGCCGGCCAAGAAAGAUAUCGCGCAAUCACGAGUGCAUACUAUAGGGGAGCUGUUGGUGCACUUCUUGUCUAUGAUGUCUCUCGUCAUGUCACGUUUGAGAAUGUGGAAAGGUGGCUGAAGGAGCUCAGAGAUCACACAGAUACCAACAUUGUGAUCAUGCUUGUAGGAAACAAGGCUGACUUGCGCCACCUAAGAGCUGUCUCCAUAGAGGAUGCUAAGGCCUUUGCUGAGAGGGAGAAUACCUUCUUCAUGGAGACAUCUGCUCUUGAAUCGAUGAAUGUAGAAAAUGCCUUCACUGAAGUUCUCACUCAGAUCUAUCGUGUGGUCAGCAGGAAGGCUCUUGAUAUUGGUGAAGAUCCUGCAGCUUUGCCGAAGGGUCAGACCAUCAACGUAGGCACCAAGGAUGAUGUGUCAGCUGUGAAGAAAGUUGGUUGUUGCUCAACUUAGCUCCCUGGAGUAUGGCAAUUGUUCUUUAUGACUUCAGCUACUUUGGGAUUAUGACAAGCUACCUUGGAAUGUCCAUAUGAAGAAGUUUUUGGCAUGGUGCUUUUCAAAGUGCUUUCCUAUGGAGAAAGUUGACAUUUUCUAGGACAUCCUCGAGGAGUUUGAACAUCACUUAGGUUUUAUAGCUAUUUAGUUUAGAAGUUUAAAUUUGGGAAAAAGGGCAGUUGUGAUCUUCUUCCAAUUGACAGAAACCUUUCUUUUCAUUUUUUUUUCUUUUUUGAGUUUUAAUCUAUUGCUUUAAUUCAGUUACUACAGUGCUCUGCUAUAUUUUCUUUCUUUUAAUGAAAUACAAUGUACCAAACAAAAAUAUCAUUUUUUUGA